UCACUCUCUCUUUUCCUAAAGGUGUCAAAGGUGUUAUUGUUAAGACAGAAGAACCAGGCGUUUGUGGAGUUAGCCGAAUUGAGUACAGCCUGUGCUCUUGUUGAUGCCUUCUCUACUAGACCUGCUCAAAUCAAGGACAGAACUGUUUACAUUCAGUUUUCAAAGCAUCAAGAAUUGAAAUCUGGCUCUACUCCAAUCGCUAACCCUGGGGGUGUCCCUACUUUCACGUCAACUGUUGGAGUCGUGGGUACAUCCCAGGGACAACCAAACUCCAUUUUACGAGUCAUCAUUGAAAACAUGAUAUACCCAAUCACCAUCGAUGUACUACACCAGAUAUUUGCUAAAUAUGGCGAUGUCCUCAAAGUUGUCACCUUCAUGAAAAACACUCAAUUUCAUGCCUUGAUACAGUAUCCUAAUGAGAUUAUUGCAACUAAUGCAAAAACAGCACUUGAUGGGCAGAAUAUCUACAAUGGCUGCUGUACGCUACACAUUGAUUACUCUAAGCUAUCAAAUUUAACGGUUAAAUUUAAUAACGAAAAAACAAGGGAUUUCACUCGUCCUGACUUACCAUCUGGUGAUCCUGAAGCUGCUCCUCUACCCGAUCUCUCAGCCUACGGUCUUCAUCCUGCCUUUCUUCAGUCUCCAGCCUUUGCUCAGUUGCGUACUGCCCUAACGGCCCUUGGUGGGACCCAGGGAGCAGCUGGGGCUGGAGUGGUGGCUCCUACACCAGUAGUACUAGCGUCUAAUUUAAAUGACAAAAUGAUAUCUCCUCAUGCCCUCUUUAUUCUCUUUGGUGUGUACGGAGAUGUCAUGCGUGUAAAAAUUUUGUACAGUAAGCGAGAUUCCGCCUUAGUUCAAUUUAGGGAGGCACAGCAGGCACAGAAUGCUGUUACUCAUCUCAACGGUUGCAUGUUGUAUGGUAAAAAACUUCAUUUAACAUUAUCCAAGCACACUCAAGUUCAGAUGCCACAGCCUGGUUCUAAUGAAGAUGCUUUGACUGAAGAUUUCACUAAUUCUCCUCUCCAUCGUUUCAAAAAACCUGGUUCCAAGAACUAUCAGAAUAUCUAUCCUCCUAGCCCAACACUACACCUUUCUAAUAUACCCGACGGGAUUACGGAGGAGUAUUUAAGAGGGUUGUUCACGUCAACUGGUGGCACCGUUGUUAACUUUAGAUUUUUUCAGAAUGAUCAGAGGAUGGCAUUGGUCCAGAUGAGCUCUCCUGAUGAGGCCAUUAGUGCCCUCAUAGUAACUCACAAUCACAAAAUCAGUGAGACCAACCAUCUCAGGGUCACCUUCUCUAAGAGCAACAUCUAGCAGCUGCUCUCCUCCCUCUACUGGCCCUCGCUUGCUGUUAAUACUACUACUACUACUUUCCAUUGGUUGCUGUUUCUCAUCAAUGAUGCCUUUCUUUGUUCUAACUAGUCUCCAUAUUCCUUUUUCUUUCUAAUAUAUAUUAUAUUAUAUUUUCUUUGAUUUUCUUUUUCGUUCUAGUCUAGGCAUUAUUGUGAUAUCUUUGACUUUUUGCUUAUUUUUCAUUUAAAAAAUUAUUAUUAUUAUGAUUUAUUAAUAAUUAUUAUUUUUCAGUCAAAUAACGAGAGCUA